GACUGUGCCUUGGUUGGUACCCUACUGUCCCAGCUCCUCAUCCACUGCAGUCCCUCCACUGGCCCCAGCUAUGCAGGGAGCCCGGGCGCUGCUGCUGCUGCUGGGCCUCAGGCUACAGCUGUCCCUCAGUGUCAUCCCAGUGGAGGAGGAGAACCCGGCCUUCUGGAACCAAAAGGCAAAGGAGGCCCUGGAUGCUGCCAAGAAGCUGCAGCCCAUUCAGACAUCCGCCAAGAACCUCAUCAUCUUCCUGGGGGAUGGGAUGGGAGUGCCCACAGUGACAGCUACCCGGAUCCUAAAGGGACAAAUGGACGGUCAUCUAGGACCUGAGACACCCCUGGCCAUGGACUACUUCCCAUAUAUGGCUCUGUCCAAGACAUACAGCGUGGACAGACAGGUCCCAGACAGUGCGAGCACAGCCACCGCCUACCUCUGCGGGGUCAAGACCAACUACAAGACCAUCGGUGUGAGCGCAGCUGCGAGAUUCGACCAGUGCAACACCACAUUUGGCAACGAGGUCUUCUCGGUCAUGUAUCGGGCAAAGAAAGCAGGGAAGUCUGUGGGGGUGGUGACCACCACCAGGGUGCAGCACGCCUCCCCAGCGGGCACCUACGUUCACACCGUGAACCGCAACUGGUACGGGGACGCGGACAUGCCCGAGUCAGCACUACAGGAGGGCUGCAAGGACAUCGCCACACAGCUCGUUUCCAACAUGGACAUCGACGUGAUCCUUGGUGGGGGCCGAAAAUACAUGUUCCCUGCGGGAACCCCAGACCCCGAGUAUCCAAAUGAUGUGAACGAGACUGGAACCAGGCUGGACGGCAGGAACCUGGUGCAGGAGUGGCUGUCCAGGCACCAGGGAUCCCAGUAUGUUUGGAAUCGUGAGCAGCUCAUUCAGACGUCCCUGGACCCGUCGGUGAUGCACCUCAUGGGCCUCUUUGAGCCUGUAGACACAAAAUUCGAGACCCAACGGGACCCCUUGAUGGACCCAUCUCUGAAGGACAUGACGGAGGCAGCCCUGCGGGUGCUAAGCAGGAACCCCAAAGGCUUCUACCUCUUUGUGGAAGGGGGCCGGAUCGACCGUGGUCACCACCUGGGCACAGCUUACCUGGCGCUGACCGAGGCCGUGAUGUUCGACCAAGCCAUCGAGAAGGCCAGCCAGCUCACCAGCGAGAGGGACACGCUGACCAUAGUCACCGCUGACCACUCCCACGUCUUCUCCUUUGGUGGCUACACCCUUCGAGGAAGCUCCAUUUUCGGGCUGGCCCCCCUCAACGCUCUGGACGGCAAGCCCUACACCUCCAUCCUCUACGGCAACGGCCCCGGCUACGUGGGUACAGGCGAAAGACCCAACGUCACGGCCGCCGAAAGCUACAGCCCCUCGUACCGGCAGCAGGCGGCCGUGCCGGUGAAGUCGGAGACCCACGGCGGGGAGGACGUGGCCAUCUUCGCGCGCGGCCCGCAGGCGCACCUGGUGCACGGGGUGCAGGAGCAGAACUACAUCGCGCACGUCAUGGCCUUCGCGGGCUGCCUGGAGCCCUACACCGACUGCGGCCUGGCGCCCCCUGCGGAACAGAGUGGCGCCGUCACCCCAGGCCACUCCACCACCACAACCCGCCAGACCACCACCCGCCAGACCACCACCCGGCCCACCCAGAGCAGCGCCAGCAGCCAGGGCCCAGCCACCGCCCCGCUGGCCUUGACGCUUCUGGCCGGAAUGCUGCUGCUGCUGGGAGCUGCCGAGGAGUUCUAAACUCCAGCUCGGCCAGGCUCCCCCGUCCAGGUCCAACCCCAUCCCGCCCGGUUGCUUCUCUUACCCUGACCUCCCACUAACUUCUCCUCAUGACCUCCCCGCCCCUGCACCCUUACCCAGUGCUCCCUACCCCCAAACCCGCAGAGCUCCUCCUUCUUGAAGCAGCAUGACAACCAUGGCUCAACCCUCCUGGAGCAGUCUGGACUCUUUUUUGACCUCAGCCACCAGCCCCCAGCGAAAAAGAGGACUCCAACAAAAAUGUGUGGAGGACCAGACAUGCCCCCACCCACUGGCACUCUCACCAAGCUUGGAUGCGCACAGGCUCUGGGUUAUGUACCGGUCCAGGAGAACACAGAGCCUGAACUCCCACCAUUCCUCAAGCCAAUGUGCCCGAAAGAAAGCUGCUGUGCUGGUUUGCCCAGCCGGCCUUUGGCAUAGACCUUCCCGGGCCUUACUGGGCCAGCUCCACACCCAGGCCCUUCCCGGGCCCAGCCAUAUCAUACCAAUCUUCCCACUUCUAUCAGGCAGUUAGGAAAUUCAAGGAACUGCCUCCCACCCUCCCAGGUCCUCUCGGUCUGCACCUAAAUUUCUGAACUAAGGAAAGUCCCUAUCGCCCAAGGCCUGUGUUCUCCUGGAAGAAACAAAUCAAUAAAGUGUUAUGCAAUGCAA